AUGGAGAAUGCCACAAACAUACCAUUUCAAUUUGCCUCUACCAAGCCAGCAAAUGUCAAUGAAGACCUAUAUGAGCCCCAGGACUCUUCCAACAACCCCCCAAGCCCCCUAACAAACAAGGGUAAGAAAAUUGAAAAGGCUGCCAUAUUCCCCCAGGCUGCUCUGCAACUAGAUAAUCCACCUCCACAACAGACUCAGCUCAAAGCCACCUGCACACUCCCCCCUCCAGCCUACUUCCCAGGAGCCCCAAAAGAGUUUCCCCCAGCCCACUGCCCUAACACCGAAACCGAGGAAACCAACAAUGCCCAGGACCUUGCAAUGUUUGAAACAGUGAUGGCUGAGAAACCACAGGAUGGAAAUGAAGACUAUAACUGGAUGGGCCUCAGGCAGGACCUCGAAAAUUUCGUAGCGCAUGGACUCCGCCCCACCAGUCUCCUAGAAGGUGCUAACCCCACCAGAGUGAAUGAAUGGAUGCUAACCAAAGAUGCCAUCCUAGUCUUACCACUGGAUGCCACCCACAGUGGGAAGUCGCCCCAUCAGAUUGUACCGGGUUGUACCGUCACUUGA